UCUCUCUCUCUCUGUCUCUCUCUCUGAACUCGUGCAUAGCUACGAUUUAUGUUCCAUCCGGCGCAUUUAGCGCAAGAAUUCUUUCCUUUUUUCGUACACGUGAUGUCGUCGAAUUAUGAUCUCGAAGCUCGCGAACGUGCGAAUUUUUCGCGAACGUCAAAGCAGUGUAUGAAUAAAUGAUGGAGUGGUAUGUGGGUAUUCGUCGAAAGAGGCACGCUGAGGCACAAUGAUCCCGUGACGUGUGAUAUUAGUCAUUGAAAAAUAUUGCCGUAACUUUAAACAUCUUUCGUGGCUUUUAUAAAUGAUCUGUCUCGUGCAGGAAGAGAUUCUGAAGAGAAGAGUUAUUUGUUUCGAGUAUUUUAUAAUUUUAUAAAAUAUAUCCAUGAAUCUAUCAUAAGCUCAUCGCGCAUUAGCGUCAAAUUUACUCAAAAAACAUUCUGAAUUCUGGUAAGUUUGGCAUUUCAAUCAAGAAUGUUACAUUAAAGCAUUAAACUUUGCUUACUACACAAUGUCGAGCCAACUUUUCCUUGGACAGAGCUUUAUGAUAUUCUUAAAUAAGUUCUUCUUUUGAGAACAUGAUAAUAAAUCUCUCUAAAAUUUGUAAUGAGCAUAAUUUAAGUAUAAUUUAAUCAUUAUCCAAAAAAUAGCAAAAGUUGGCCCGACUUUGUGUAGUAAAGAAACCGAAUUUUUAUUUUAAUUUAAUAUCGUUGAUUGAAGUACUAAACUUAUUAAGAUUCAGAUUGUAUUUGAAAUAAAUUCAAUGUCUAUGAUGAACUUAUGAUAGAUUUGCGGAUAUAUUAUAAAACACUUAGAACAAGUAACACUCACUUGAGCGCAAUAUACAUUUUUCUUUGUGACACUGAGAAGAAGUACUUGAAAAUUUAUUUGUUGGAUAAAAAAUUUAUUUCUGUGAAAUAAAGUUUACUUCUGUGAAUGAAGUUUAUAUCUCACAAAUAAAUUUUCAAGUAUCUUUUUUUCUGAGUGUACUGAUUGUCUAUUGCUGCAUUACUGAAAACACAUAAAGCUGACAAAAAUUUAUACGAAAGAAAUUAUAAUAUACACGGAAACAGAAAUAUAUAUUUUGUCGGAUUAAUCAAAUAUCUAGUGAAAUAUGAAUAAAGCAGAAUUCUGGUAACAUCAAUAUGAACUCUAGCUCGUUCACACACUACACACAUUUCACCAGAUGUUUCAUUAAUUCAAUCAAAUCUUUUCUUCCGUGUAUAUGUUCUCUCCGUUCUAAGACGGCUAAUGGGCAAUUCCCCAACCAGUAUAGACACGUGUAGACACGUUUCGCAUCUUCUCUUUUCCCAAUUCCCAGCAGGACAGAUUGUCAUGGUCAUUGGACUUUUCAAGGUGGUCCAUCGUCGGAACGUUCUGUCAUUCGAGUCCGAGGCUCAUUUUUCAAAAUCGCUUCAAGUAAUGUGUUUCACGUUCACAUGUGUGGGCCACAUUCGCCACCGAUUUUCUCGACAAAGCUGCCUAAAACUCCAACACGUCGCAACAGGCAAGAGAGUUCCCCUUGGUAUUUCAAUUUUCUCUUUCAUUCGCGUUGGCGCGAAGCUUUCAAGUGGCCAAAAUUGAAUCGUCUCAUGCUAUUUUGAAUACUUCUCUCCUCGCAUUAUUUACAGUAUCAGAUUUCUCCAUUUCCGAUCGCGAUAAGCGAAACACUUAUCGCGACGCACGAUAAGACUCUCUACGUUCCUGAGUACUCGGUCACGUGACCGGGCGCUCGGUCUUUGGCCCUCUUCAAGAAUCAUCGUGAUUCAGUUCUCCGCGAGUCACGACGUGCGUAAGAGCACAUAUGUCGGAUCUGGAACGCGCGUCGAGCACAUAAUGGCCAUGCUAACGAUUCCGCAGAAGCCGACGCUCCGUCGUUGAUGUCGACCUCGAGAUUAGAAGUAGAAGCAAGGUCCCCUCCCCCUCUUUACCCCCUGUGUGUGCCGAUCAAAUCGCCGUGAUUAGACGCGCGCGUGAAGUUCGUUACGUGUGCAUCGCCGCAUGUUGCGCAGCUUCUCCGCGUUUCCCCACGAAGAUCUUUCUCGUCGUCGUCGUCGUCGUGGUCGGGUGUGUGUUCACGCGAGGUAUCUCGCCUGGUGUUUACAGCGACGCUCGUUCCCGGUUUUUGCGGGGUCCACGAAGUGUCUGAUCGCCAGUGAGUGGUAACGUGACGAGGAGGAAGAAGAAGCGCGACGCAUCAAAAUAAAUAAAUGUCGCGCAAGGUUACAAAUACUGUGAGCACGUGAUAUAUCGGUAACACGGUGAGGAAGCGACCACGACGACGACGACGACAACGACGAGGACGAGGAUGACGGCUCCAGGUCGUCUCGCGUGGUGACGGCGAUGAGGAGAGGCGGGACCACGUGCAAGUGCUGUACAGUCGCGGAGUUUUGUAACCUCGGCUAGAUCGUCCGUGUCGUGCGCGAUGUUGAAACACACCAGCAGAACCGGACGACCUCGGAUCGUCGUGAGAAAACGGAAAGGACGCUCGUUAUCCAGAAGCUGGCCCGGUACACCUAGAACUAUGUCCAUCGUGUCGUCCGAGAUCGACUACCCGGAAGUGCAUGGCGGAGGAAGGAUGCAUCGGCCACCGCACCCCCAUCCCAUAACCGACCACCGUCAGGUCAACCUGGUCUUCGAUGACACGUUCUCACAGGGCCUGACAGGGCGGCCCGAACUGUAUCAGAAAUCAAACAGGAGUAGUCAUUCGAGUGACACAAGUUCAGCAUACAGUGGAUCUGACACCAUGACGUCUGUACAAAGUUCAUUAGACGCAGAUCCCGACGAGGUGGACCUUUCGGGUCUCGUAGAGUCAAUCGUCGACAGCGAUGAGGAAGAGGAUCUGGCAGAGAGUAUGGAUAGUUUAACAGUUCGUGAUCCUGUACGAGAGUGUUUGGAGAAGGACCCAGUGGAGAGAACGGAGGACGACAUAGAGACGCUUUUAGAGUUUACACAACAGUUGAAAGCUUUUACCAAUAUGACUCUGGCCGUUAGAAGAGCGCUAUGCGCGGUGAUGGUAUUCGCCGUGGUCGAGCGUGCCGGUAUGGUGGUCUUGAACGACGGUGAGGAGCUCGACAGUUGGAGCGUGCUGAUCAACGGUGCUGUCGAGGUCGAGCAUAGCAAUGGCGAGAUCGAGCAGCUCAGCCUCGGCGACAGCUUUGGCAUCUUACCCACCAUGGAAAGACUAUUGCAUCGCGGAGUUAUGAGAACAAAGUGCGACGAUUGCCAGUUCGUUUGCGUCACACAGGCGGAUUACUUCCGGAUCCAGCAUCAGGGUGAGGAAAAUACCAGGCGACACGAGGAGAAUGGCAGGGUGAUUCUCGUAACCGAGCUACGAGGAGCCCUGGACGGCGCAGCGCGAAGAGGUCACGUGGUGAUCCGGGGUACUCCGGAACGUUUGAUGUUACAACUCAUCGAAGAGAACAGUAUUACGGAUCCUACCUACGUGGAGGACUUUUUAUUGACUCAUCGGACGUUCAUCGACAGCCCGUUGUUAGUCGCGAGUCAAUUACUGGAGUGGUUCGAUCAGGCGCAAGUGCGAGAUCGCGUGGCUCGCGUCGUGCUGCUGUGGGUAAACAAUCAUUUCACUGACUUCGAGACUGACCCGUCGAUGAUGGAGUUUCUGGAGGCGUUCGAGGCCGGGCUCGAGCGGGAGAAGAUGCAGGGCCAACAGAGGUUACUGAAUAUCGCAUGUGCGGCGAAAGCGAGAACGCGGAAUGUGACGUUAGCCAGGCCGAACAGGGACGAAGUGCUGAAUUUCAGUAUCUUGGGAGGAUUCGAGAGAGGCUUCGGCAUAUUUAUCUCAAAGGUCGACAAGAGAUCCAAGGCUGAAGACGUUGGUCUUAAAAGGGGCGAUCAGAUUUUAGAAGUAAACGGACAAAGUUUCGAGCACGUAAAUCACGCGAAGGCUCUCGACAUUCUUCGAGCCUCCACGCAUCUCAGCAUAACCGUGAAGUCCAACUUGCUCGCGUUCAAGGAAAUGCUCCAGAUGCCUGACAAUUCGCCACGAUCGCGCGGCAGAUCGAGCAAGCCCGAAAUACCCAGGCUCCCAUCGGACCCACGCGCUAGGCUGUCGACACACGUGGACCCCAUGACUCCUGUGAACCCAUUGAAUCCCAUGAUUGGCGGAGUGCCGUUGUUAAUACCCGACAACAAUGUCUCGCCGUGCAAGGACCCGAAGAAAGAGCACAAGGGAUUCAUGACUCUCGGGCCCAAGCGACGACUACAAAAGGCGCUCAUGAAGAUGAACAUACUACCAAAGAACACGAUCAACGACGGCGUGCACGUGGACGAUCCGCUCGCGCCACCGCACACGCCACCGGGCACGGGGCUCUCGCAGACUACCACAAAUCUGUAUCACUCCAAGAGCAAUCCGGAUCUCACAUCGCUCUAUUGUUACGACGACUUGAGAGCGAACGAUUAUCCCGAACACGUACUCAAGGUGUACAAAGCUGACCAAACGUGCAAGUACCUCCUCAUCCAUAAGGAGACCACGGCGCAUGAGGUGGUGAUGCUCGCGCUUCAAGAAUUCGGCAUCACGGAGAGCAGUUCGAACUUCUCUCUGGCGGAGGUGAGCGUCGGCGAAGGAGGUAUGAUCAAGCAACGUAGAUUGCCGGAUCAACUGCAGAAUCUCGCGGAGCGGAUCGGGCUCAGUUCUCGGUAUUACCUGAAAACUAAUGGCAUUUCCGAGACUCUGGUAGCCGAUGAACAAGCUCCUGAGCUUAUUCGGGAGUCGCAGGUGCAUUUUCUGCAAUUGAACGCAGUGGAAGUUGCGGUACAGCUGACUCUACAGGAUUUUAGUAUAUUUAGGCAAAUCGAGUCCACGGAAUAUGUGGAUGAUUUGUUCCAGCUGAAGAGCAGGUAUGGUGUGCCUAUGCUCAGUCAGUUCGCAGAACUAGUCAACAGAGAGAUGUUUUGGGUCGUGACGGAGGUUUGUUCCGAACACAAUCUCGUGCGGCGCAGUAAGAUAAUAAAGCAAUUUAUUAAAAUAGCACGUCAAUGCAAAGAGUGCAAGAACUUCAACUCUAUGUUCGCAAUCGUGUCCGGUCUGGGUCAUGGCGCGGUAUCGAGAUUGAGAGCAUCGUGGGAGAAACUACCAACUAAAUAUCAAAGGUUGUUCAGCGAUCUGCAGGAAUUGAUGGAUCCCAGUCGCAAUAUGAGCAAAUACCGGCAACUGGUGGCGUCCGAACAAACGCAGCCACCUAUAAUACCUUUCUAUCCAGUUGUAAAGAAGGACUUAACCUUCAUACAUCUUGGUAACGACUCGAGAGUGGAAGGUUUGGUGAACUUUGAGAAGCUUCGAAUGAUUGCGAAGGAAGUGAGAACGCUAACGAACAUGUGUUCUUCGCCCUAUGAUCUGCUGACCAUGUUGGAAAGGAGCGGGCAACCGCCGAGCUCCGCGAUGGUCGCUCUCAACCAAAUGACCACCGGUAAUCAAGGUGGCCAAACCGCAACGGUGAAACGACGAAAAAAAUCGACCGCCGCGCCAAAUCCGAAGAAAAUGUUCGAGGAGGCGCAAAUGGUGCGGCGAGUAAAGGCCUAUCUUGCGAACAUGAAAGUCAUUACUGACGAAGAACGACUACAUCAGCUCUCUGUCGAUUGCGAGCCGCAUGCAGGAGCUGUUGCAGUCGCUGCCGCGGUACCAAUUGGCGGUAGUAGGGGUAGGAGACAUCCGUCGCCUACUCUGUCGACCACUAGCAGUGCCAGUAGUACUAGUGAGGGCAGGAAGAGUAUACAAGGUACCAAGUUUGGCGCCGCGUCUCCGCAAGCAGUGAGAAAAAUGCUAGCUCUAUCGGACCCUCACAAGACGCGACCGUAUCAACCCAAACAUUGUCCACCGCCGUUACCUGUACCUGGAUUAGCGUUACAUUCAAGCGGUUUAGAACCCAGUCCAGGUGCGCCUAGAAGAGUAGGAUCAGGUACCAGGGUACCAAUGCAUGAACGAUCCCACAGCGACACCCCUGCCAGCCUACCACCGCCCGUCGAUCUCAGUGCGGAGAGCAGCAGCGUAACUAGCUUAAGCAAUCUCCAGCCGCUGAGGAAAACCUUGACGAGCGGUUCGGUGACGAGCAGUGACAGUGGUCAUAGCACUCAGCUGGACAGCCACAGCGGGAGCAGCGUGGAAGCGGGCGGCAGCCCACCGCCACCGCAAAGACGGCACUCCGCUAUGCAAGGGUCUGUUAUAAGGGGUGGAGCACCUCCGUUUCCUCACGCGGUAGCAGUGUUACCUCCGCUUCCCGCCAAUCAGAAUCACAACCACAACCACCACCACCAUCACCACCACCACCACCAUCACCACAACCAACAACAUUAUCACGAUCAUCAUCAUCACCACCACCAACCCCCGACUCCUCAAGGUUCCGCGGGAUUAGCAGGAGUAAACAUGGGCCUAGGGAUGCCAGCCCCGCUGCCGCCGCCCGGAGCGGGCACCACGACGAUAAUGACGACGAUGAGCGCAAUGGCGGCGGGCAACAUCUCGUCGAUCACAACGAUGCGACCCGGCAUGAGUAGCGGGCCGCAGUGCCGUCAACCACCGGCGUACAAAGUUGCGCAACAGAUGGCGAGAUUGCACAGACUCGGUCGUGCUAACAGCCACGAGGGGGUCACUUAUCGCACCGAUCACGAAGAUGAUGACGAAGACGCCCAAGUGUCGGCGGUCUAAGCGGUCCACACACACACCCCAGACACACAGUCUCACGCCGAAUCUCUCUCUCGGUUUUACCCGUUUAGUUAAUUCCGUCGGGAGCGUUCCCUUCGCACGAUCGAGAGACAGAAGGCGACGAAGGGGGUCGUUUACCCCUUCCCGGCGGUGCGCCACGCUACGUCACGCGCCGAGACGCGAACACAGGGUGGAGGACAAGGGCGACACGCGCGAAUUUUCUCCUCCAACUGCGAGUGCUUGCGCGUCCACAACGGCGGUAGCAUUCCCGAAACCCCCUCAACGGGGUGUGCAUGUCUAAUGACCGCCACACACGUCGACCAUUACCACCACUAUCGUCCUCAUCCUCAUCCUCACUCUCAUCCUCAUCCUCAUCCUCAUCCUCAUCAUCACCACGGCCACCACUCUGUGUCCUUUUGCUCUCCGUGAGCCGCGCGGGCCAAUUUUUCGCGUGGGUGAAACCCACUUUCUCUUCAACGUCGUCAGGGAGAGACGUUUGUUUAUUUUUUUUUUAAUUCUCAUUUACACAGAGAGCGCUUGUCUUCCAAUGGUCCCCUCCCCCCUCCUUCCCCAUUCAUACACCUACCCCCGCGACGAACACACGACGACGGCACCGUCGAGAAUCUCAAGCGUCGAGGAGGAAGUAUUUGUACAACGUGUGUACCGUUCAACCGGCACUGGAUGGAAAGCGACGAGCGACCGGCGGCGAAUCCGGUCGGUUCCCGAGGACGAGGGAAAAAUAUGGUAGGAGGGUACUACGUUCUUUUCUCUCUUUUUCUUUUUUUUUUUUUUUCUUUUUUUCUUAUCAGACUGAGGGAACACUUUUCGGAUAUAAUAAGCGCGUUCCCCGCGCGCGGAGCUCCCGCGGGACAAUGAGAAGAAGCGAGAUCGAAUAGAAGUCGAAGGAAGGCGUUAAGAGAUAAGGAGAGCGAUCGUAAUAUUCUCUAUAAAUGUGUAAUAAAACCGAGUCCAAAGAUGUUAUAUACAUAUAUACAUACAUAUACAUAUAUACAUAUAUACAUACAUACAUAUAUAUAUGUAUAUAUGUAUAUAUAUUAUACACUGCGUGUCCGCGCUAGAGAAAGUACGAACGACGACGUGUGCUCUGUAAUAUAUAAUUAGUAGGCCAACACACUUUAGCGUGUGUGUCCCGUAGUAGUGCGUAAGUUGGUGUAAAUAGCGUAGUGUUACAUAGCGUUUAGUGAACAGCAGCAGCAGCAGCGAUGGCGACGGCGAUGGCAGGAAGAACGACGAGAAAAAGAAAGAGAGAGAGAGAGAAAGAGAGAGAGAGAGAGAGAGAGAGAGAGAGAGAGAGAGAGAGAGAGAGAU